UGUGAUGACGUUGCUCUGAUUCUGUCUUUCAGAAAAUUUAGACGUUAAAGUUACGGCAAUGGGAAAACAUAUUGUACCCUUGCUGCUUUUAUGGGUGUCGCUGUUAUUGUCAUGUGUGUGUAGCGUCUCCUUUGGCUCGGAAAUAAGUUUUGUCACGUGCGGCUCGGUGGUGAAGCUGCUCAACGUCCAGCAUAACGUCAGACUCCAUUCUCAUGAUGUGCGCUACGGCUCCGGUAGUGGCCAGCAAUCGGUAACUGGAGUGACCACAGUGGAAGACAGCAACAGUUACUGGAGCGUGCGUGGCACCAGUGGGGCUGGUUGUCAUCGAGGGACUCCAGUCAGAUGUGGCCAGAACAUCAGGCUCACGCACGUGAACACGGGCCGAAAUCUACACAGCCAUUACUUCGCAUCUCCGCUGUCGUCCAACCAGGAAGUCAGUGCCUUCGGAGAGGAUGGUGAAGGUGACCAUCUGGAUGAGUGGACUGUUCUAUGUGGGGGUUCUGUCUGGCAGCGUGACGAGUCGGUGCGUUUCCAGCACACUGCCACAGAAGCGCUGUUGUCAGUGACGGGUGAGCAGUACGGCAGGCCUAUCCACGGCCAGAGAGAAGUGCACGCCAUGACCGACAGCAGCCAGCACAGCUACUGGAAAGCGAUGGAGGGUAUUUUUAUGAAACCCAGCGAAACGGGACCCAAAAACUUCAACAGUCCAACACACACUGAGUUCUGACUGCUUUCACGGCAGCAAACUAUCUGUCUGACUGCACGGUGUUUUUCAUCCUCACUUAAAAUGUGACUGCACAGUGACAUGAAGAGCACAGAGACUCCAUGCGUAACCUUUUUGUUCCGCAAAUUCAUCCUGAUUUUAAAAUAUCUAAAUAAGUUGGACAUUUUAGAAGAUUUAUCAACAGCAGUAAUUAAGCUUAGCCGAGUGUGUAGCACAUUGGUAAUGAAUACACACAUGAACAUAUUGGCCAUAUAUACAGUUGAGUGCAAAAGUUUGCAUACCUUUAGGACAAAAUGAAGAAGAUAGUUGUUAACGUGUGGCAGUCUGGGAAAAACUUUCACAUAUUCCUGCUAAAAAAAAAUUCAGCCAAAAUUUGUUUUCCCUCCAAAAGGCAUGGUUUAUACUUGAUGUGUGACUUGCACUGGUGCUUGGGAAAGGCAUUGUUCACAUACAAUACUUACCUACUUUAUGUACAUCUGGGCAAUUAAAAUGACAGUCACUAGAUGGCACAUCAGUGCCAAAAACAUUGCUGUCCAUCAGGGGCCUCGUUUAUCAACCGUGUCUGCGUAGUUUCAUGUGGGAACCGCGUACACAUGUUUCUAUGCAUGGAAUAGAAUUUACCAGGUUUUGCUUUUGUGUGUGAGGAUGUGUGUAUAUUUCCAAAUACGCCUGAGCAUAUGUAUGCAAAAACCCUAGUAAUAGAAAAGUGUAAUAGCUGGUAAACUGACUAUGCUGUGCUUCUAUAUCACAUCAGUGUGAGUGAGAGAGGCCAUACACAAGCACAUCAGUUUCGAAUGUGUAGGAUUUAUCAGUGGUGAUUGCGUAUAGCUGUGUACACUCAUUUGUUAAUUAGUAUGAUGGGUGGCUCUUAUGCACAAAUUAAGUACUUGUUUGAUGCACACUUUGAUAAAUGAGACCCCAGCUUUCCAAGUUCAACUGUAAAAUGUUCAGAAAUUUCAUGGACCGCUACAUUAAACACACACAUGAGCUCUAAAACUUUCCGCCGCCGUUGUCGUGAUUGCUGUCAUUAUCAGAGUCUCAGAUCGAAAACUUUGACCUUCCAUUCAAAAGUAAGUAUUUAUUAAUCCUAGAAAUCUGCAAAACAGACCUUUGAGUAGGGUUGUAGGCUUCAUGAGAGGUUAUUAAAAUUCAAACACUAACCAUAAUAGGUAAACUGAUUAGUGUUAGUACUUAAUAACUGUCUAGAAUCAUACAUGUGUAUGCAACCUUAUUUUGUUUAAUCAGUUACGGACACGGUGCUCUACUGCCCAUUGAUGCCGGAGAUGUAGCGUUAAUUUCUGAGGAUGUGAAAAAGCAUCGCUGUAAAUGAUCAUAAGACACGCAUGGCAGCCAUCUGGUGUAGGUGUACACAGAACAAGUAUAAGUCAGGAUUAUAACCUACUCUGACACCUCGACUUUAAGUAACUAAAUAUAUUUCACCAAAAUGACGUGGUUAUUUUCAGACCAGUUUGACGUUCUAUUUUUGUAGAUAAUUUGCAAAAUAAAUAAACAUUAAGAAACCAUAUCUAGGGGAUACAAACAUUUGCACACAACUGUGUAUAUCUUCCUGUGUAAAAUCUUUGGCAUGUAUUUACUUCUAACUGGAUGCUAGAUUUUACGAGGCAGCACAUUUUUCAGCGCAAAGUGUAUUAUGUUUUCCCUUCAUGCCUUUAUCUCUCACACAAGAAACAUGACAGAAGAGCUGCCUUGUAUUAGCAUUGCAGUAUUAUUCGUUUUAUUGUGAACACUGUGCAAUGGUUAAAGUUCUUUUUCUAGUGUUCUUCAAGCUGUUUAGAUCAUGUUAUUUAUGUUUUAAUUCAUUGGGCUACCAGCUUGUCCAGUGCACGCAAUUCAGUAUUGUAAUGAGUUGACAAAAACUCAACACUUGAUAAGAAAUUAGUUAACUGCGUUGAAAUGAAUAAGAAAACAGCUAACAGAUUGAACAUGAUUCAUCAAUGUGUUUUAAUUAGCUUUUUUUUAAUUAGUAGUAAUAGAUAAUACAAAGUUUGCUUUGUAAUUUCUCUAUAAUGCAGACAGAGAGCAAUAUACUAGAGCAAGUAUUUCACCCUGACAAUUGUAGAAACUCCAAAAUUGAAUCGCGAUUCUCCAAGCUAGAAAUUGUACUAUUCAUUUGUUCUGUUCAAUUUGGUGUAAGAUUGUACGUGUUUUAAAUUAGAAAAAAGUUUUUAAACCUGUGCUGAGACGGUGCUAUAAAUGUAGUUCAUAUUGUUUAUUUCUUUAGUCACUUUUUAGUAUUGGAUGAAUGGCACUUUAAAUAAACCAGACUAAAUAUUGCAUAUGUGAAGGUGUCCUAACAACGUUAAAACUGUUUCACAUAUGUACAUCAAUCACUACAGUGCUACAAGAAGCUUUUUUUAAAAGCAAAUACACUAAAAAGGUACUACAGUAGUUAGUGUGCCAUAGUCCAAACUGAAAAUAACUUAAAAGAAAGCAUUGCUGCAGUCUUCCCAUAAUAAAAUGUUUGCCAUAAGAACAUUGCUUUAUCACGUCUUAUGUUUAAAAAGCCAAAAACCUUCAAACUCACUGCCUGGGAUUCAAAACACCGACUAGACCGAGAUGCUAGAGAUUAAUUUGGAUCCAUGUGAAUUUUUUUUUCCUGUUUUUUUUUUUUUUUCAAAGAAUGUACUGUAUUACAAACAUGGCCACUUGAAAGUCAUACAGUCUGUUAGUAAAUGGCUUCCUCUUCCCUGCUGUUACUCCGACAUGAAGCCAUGGAAAAUCUUGCAUAUACUAAUGUUAAUGUAUAUUCAGUCAGCUUCAAUAUUAUUCCCUUCCCUUGUUCUCUUCACUCAGGUCAAAGAGUAAAUAUGCUUCAGUUACAAUUUGUUCCAAAGAAUUUGAGUGCCAAUAAUUGCUGCAUAUAGGUUUAAAAAUAAAUUUAAAAAAAAUUCAGUUACAGCUUAGAUUUCUCAGUGUGAAAUUAUGCUUAUUAACCACAAAAAAAGGAUAUUUUUAGAGCUUUUUUUUUUUUAAAACCCACAUUUACCAAGAGUGCCAAUAAUUUUGCAGCUGACCAUCAGUGUAUUUGGCCACUGGUACAAAAUUUUGUAAUACAGUAUAUAUUGCUGAAUUUGCACAUGGUGCAUGUAAGACAUGUUGGUUUUAAGUUUUGGGACAGUUUUGAAAUAAAAUGAUCUUGGACUUAAAAUGGUCUUUUUGU